GACGGCACGUAACAUAGAGUGACAUUUGAUUACAACACUAGUGGCAUGCUUGGAAUGAGAGACAAAGAGGGCAAAAUCUCACCCCUCGCCCCUGGCCAACGACCGGGAUUUUCCGUUUGCAGUGUCUGGAUUAUUACGCUGGGCUGAGUUUGUGCGCGCUAUAGGUGACCAUUUGGCUUUCCUGCUAUUUGCCGUCCACACGGGAGCACCGGGAAAAACGCGUCCGCACCUUGAUACUUUAACACACUCUCUAUCGGGUGUGUGUGUGUGUUUGGUAACCAAUUCAAUCCAAUCUAUUAAAACCAGUGCAUUUAUGUAUAAAUUAAUAUAAUGCUCAGCUGAGAGUGUGCAUAAAAAACUAAAGAUAUACAUAUACAUAUACGUAUAAGCAUAUAUAUGUACAUAAGUAUAAAUCCGUUGCACAGACGCAACGCGAAGCGAACGUGAGUCUUGGAAUAUUGCAAACACAAAACAAAAAAUAAAUAAAUAACGAGGAACCAGUUUCACCUUGAGCACACACAUUCACAUUCACAAUCAAAGAAGACAGAGCAAAGUAUCUGUGUGUGCGCGAGUAUAUUGUUAAAUGAAACAGCACGAUCGGGCAGGCGACUACGAAUACAUAAUCGUACAUAAGUUACAUGUAUAAACAUGCACAGCACAGGGUAAUGUGCGGUUAAAAUGCUAACCGCUCUAUUUAAUAAUACCCGAUAAAAUUGGAAGAGCCGAGCCUUAUCACCAGCUAUACAGUUCCAGCUACAUCAACAUCUACAUCUACAGCUACGACGAGUGCACACAAACAAACCAAUCCAAAACCAAAACCAAUACCAAUACCUCUGCCAGCCAUACCCACAAAUGUGUAUCUACUACUGCGAAUGCUGCUGCAGAUCUAGACGAACGCACUUGGAAAACUAACUGUGCUAUGCACCCCACUAACACAGCGCCCCACACGCUGCAAAUUUGAGAUACAAGUGGAAAGAUGAUAGCUGAGCCAACUCAGGGAACUCUUGAUACCAACACCAACACCGAUACGGAUACCGAUUCGCUUACCAACGGGCCUGCUGUUAGUAUUGCAACCACCCCAAUAAACCCAGCCCCAACUCAACCGAUACGGAUACGGAUACGGACACCAACAAGUAAAACACAAAGCGAGCAAGCUAUUACUCAUUCGACGACGGCUGUGGCUGGGACUCUGCCUGUGCCUGUGCCCUCGCCUGUUGCUGCAGCUGCAGCUGCACCGAACCGCCCCACACCCACAUCCAGAUCCAGAUCCAGAUCCAGCAUGGACAACGAAAGAUCUCCAGCACAGGGCACUCCCAAAAUGACAGUCAUAGUCCUCGACGCCGAUGUGGUAUUUGGUUCAGCACGGGUGCCUGUCAAUUCCAGUACCCCGUAUUCAGAUGCAACUCAAACGAAGAAACAUUCUCCCGGCCAUAUCAAGAGACCCAUGAAUGCAUUCAUGGUGUGGAGUCAAAUGGAGCGUCGGAAGAUUUGUGAGCGAACGCCAGACUUGCAUAACGCCGAGAUAUCCAAAGAAUUGGGUAAACGAUGGCAGCUCUUGAGCAAAGAAGACAAGCAGCCCUACAUAGCCGAGGCAGAGAAGCUCAGGAAGCUGCACUUAAUCGAGUAUCCUAACUACAAGUACAAGCCACAAAAGAAGCAGUUGAGAUGUCCGGGAGCGCUAAAGCAGAAUCAGGAUGCGGAUGGAAGCGAAGUUAAAAAUGACACACAGAAUAGCACUUUGUCCACUAUUGCAAUUAAUGGAACCCCCACUGCCGGCCGGAAAAGCAAAAGAUCUACCUCUACAUGUCAAACUGGUUCAGUUUCGAAACGUAUAAGAAAUAAUGACACGGGUGAUACUUCGAAACCUAAAUACAAUGUAAAUGUAAAAGCUCCGAUAGAGCAACAGCACAAUAAUGCCGUUGAUAUUAUGUUACCAUCAACCGAUAAUCUUUUAAGCUAUCAAUCAUCUGAAUAUUUACCUCUGAACACGAAUAGCAGUGCUGAUUGCGAUCUAAAACUACACUCAGACCCAAAUACAGGUCAAAUGGAAAAUCUUUCCCCCAAUCCACGAGAGAAUUUAACCGAAGAUGUUUACAAGUAUUACUCAUUUUUCGUAAACUCCACCGACAACGAGGACUCCCAGUUGGAGGUGAACUCUUCGUCCAAUAGCCACCACAAUCAAUCGGAUCCAGCCGCAGGGCUGAUGGAGAAUCUAUCCGAUAUAGGUCCGCUGAAUGCCACGGAGGAGUUCUCCGAAGAUGUCCAGAAGUAUUUGCCAUUCUGUGACGAAUCCUUGUUAGAUGUGAACUCUGUCAAUAACAAUGGAACCAACAACAGUUCCCAUACGAACUUCUCGGACUGCCACAAUAUUAUUGAAGACAACAUUUUAAAUGAUGCCAACUUACAUUCGGCCAGCCAUCAAAUACCUCCGUAUGUGCCUGACACUCCCGAGUGUUUUGUGUUUUGCGCUGGUGGCGACAACUCGUCCUCCCAUCAAGUUCAACCGCAAACUGUUACGACGAACAUCUAGAUACACAACAGCACUCGUCUAUAUGGGGGAGGGGGAGAUGGCGGGCAUACAUUCCAAAAUGACGAUUUCAAUCCGAUUCCGACGGCGGCUGAAGACAGCGAGUGCAGCAUACUGACAGCCUCACAUUCGCCCCAAUUCGUCUUCAGCAGCAUAAGUAAUAGUUUCGUUGAAUCAGAUGCUAUGGGUUCACACCCAUGUACAUAUAUAACCCAAGACUACACCGGAAAUGUAAUUGAAACAAACAAUGAUCUCAACUACACCGCACAUGAUAACAACGGAGCUCUCCUAGCUUACACAUCUGAGGAUUUACCCCUUCAGCCUACUGGUAGUCAUUUAGAGUUUAACACUAACAAAUAUGAGAAUAUGUGAGAAAUACCUUUAAGUUUUGUGUAAUUUAUAACUAAUAUAAUUAUACGUUUGUAAUUUUA